GUGCCGGGUCUUCACAAUCGGUCACCGGAAGUUAACGCGUCCUCCAUAUAGGCGCUUCCGUCCUUGCGGUAAAGCCCAAUCAAGUGUAAAGUGAAAUUUUUACCAUGGAAUUCAUUAUUUUAUUUUUUAUUUAAUAGCAUUUAUUAUUUUUUUUUACUCCACAUUAGUCAUAUUGUGCUACAUGAUUCAGUGAUUCAUUAACAAUUCACUCUUAGCAAAUUUAAAUAAUUAUUUUACAGUUUUUAGUGUACAAUUUACCCAGUAACAAUUAUUCCAGUUCAUUUAUCGUAAUGUUCUAGGUGUGAAAUUAAAAUUUAAAGGAUCUAACAGUUAAAUAUAUAAAUUAAAUUAAGAUACACCAUUAAAUAUUCAGCGGAAUACAAUCACUAAAACGUCCGAUUAUUUGUGUAAUUAUAAAUCAACCCCAAUGUUUUCGAUUGAGUAGUCAAGGAGUUUGAUUACUCAGGCUUUAUCAUGGCAAUUAUGCUUAAACAACUGUAAUGAAUUAUCAAUUAGAAUAUACAUCAGUGACUUCAACUUUAGUGACUAAUAAUAGUUUUUUUAUAAUUUAACGUUGUUUUGGUUUUAAAAAUAAUUGUGUUAACUAGUAUAGAAAAACUUACUGUGCAUCAAAAAGUAGUAAAUUAUUAAUUCAAAUAGGGAUUGAACAAUCGCGGAAUAUAGACUUAGGAUUAAAAAAACAGUGAUUUUAGUUCGAAUUUUAAAUUAUAAGAAUGAUAAUUAAUAGCAAAAUUUUGAAAGCGGUUAUUUAAAAUAUUUUUAUAGUUAGAAAAGGAAAAAGUGAUAAAUGACUUGUGUAAAAAAUAAGUUGGUUUUUAUUUUAAGUAGUAUGUGAAUAAUAUGAACAGACAUAUCUUGUUGAUCAGGUGUUGAAUGAUUUCGUUAAUUAGAAAGAUAAUAUUUGAAAUUUGAAUAUAAAUUUACUAUAAACUGUUAAGAAUAAAUAGAGAAAAUAAAAAACUGGACAAGAUGAUAGUACAAAGGGAUGUUUCCUCAAUUAACAAGUACAAAGAAACAGCAAUUACCCGAUGGAUGUGCCAAUAAUCUUAUUAACAAUGAUUGUCAUGGGCUAAAAAAACAUCAGUCUUCAAAGAUAUGAUUAUAAGUAACGAUCACAGAAUAACGAGAAUAAUGCAAUAAUUGAUUUAAUUGUUUGCUGAAGACUUGAAGACUUAAAUAAAUACUUUUUACAUAUGGAUGAUAUAAAUUGUAUGACGAACAUGUUAAUUGCCAAAAAUGCGAAGAACAGGCAAUGGAUUGAAACUGGACUUGACAGAACACACACCAGGUAGCUCAUCAUCGCGGUUACCUAAUUUGGUGGAACAUGCGGAGAGUAGCACUAGUCAGGCAAUUACCGGUGUAGCCGGUGAAAAUUUGAACAGUAAACUGCCAAACGUCGUUGAAGGCUCCAUGGACUAUGGUAACGAGCGAAGGUCCUCCCGUUACCUGGAUUAUGAUCCUAAGUGCUUCCAAGAUAAUCAAACAGCUGGAGGUUACAUUGACAGUGGCGGCGGAGGUGUGAAUACCAAUGACUUCGGGUACGGCGACAGAAGUUAUUCAACUCGCAGCUACGAUAGAAAUCUAUCAGAUGCUGAUUAUGAUAGAGACAAUUUAGAUCGAUUCAACAAUAGAAUUUAUACUGAAGAAAAUAUACGAUAUGACAGAGCACCAGACAGAUCUUAUCAGGAAUCUGACCUGGAUGCUCCGUACGAGAGAAAAGAAGCCCAAAAGCUCAGAAUUUACAAUCAAGAUUCUCAAGAUAUUGGAAGAAGGUAUUCUAGAGACUUAGGGAACUACGAAUACACUUCUCGAUAUGCAGAAGAAACCCUUAAGCUUGAACCAAAAAAAGAUCAUUGUCAUCUUACUGAUAAAAUAUAUGAGCCAGUUAAUAAAGGGUACAACAGUAUGGGUAAAGGUGGCUAUGAGUCAGGCGUAAAAACACGAGAAUCAUCUUACGAACUUGGUACUUGUGGUAAUUCGGAAAUUGUUGGUAGAUUGAAAUACGAGAGUAAAUAUGAUUCAAGUGCAAAAGUUUACGGUACUCUACCCAGAUACGAAUCAUCCGGUAAAACUUAUGAUAGUUACGACACAGCCGGAAGGUCUUAUGAAUCAAAGUACGAUGAUACAGCUUACGAUUCCGGAACCAAGGGCUUUCAAUCUUCAACGUCUAAGUAUGAACUUAGCACUUCUAAAAGCUAUAUUCACGAAAGAUCAAAGUACGAGCCUGUUGCUCGGUAUCAGGACACAUCGGCGAAAUCCUAUGAUCAGACUUUGAAAAUAAGUGAAUUGGGCACUACAUCGAAUGCGUAUCAAAGAAAACAGAAUCCCGAGUCUGCCGCAACGUCGGGCUCUGAGAAAAUCAAUGGAUAUAAGAAAAAUAACUUUGAAGCAUACGGAGUAUACUCUGAUCCAGAGGAUGAUCACGGCUUUAUUUCAGAAAAGAAAACAACUCCGUAUACGUAUAAAGGAGUUGUCGUAAACGCCACUGGAGAAUCCACCGUAGUGGAUCAAAAAAAAACAAAAGAUCCUCAACAGACAACAGUAACCUCGAGUCCUUGGUGUAGACCGACUAUUUUAUUACUUCUUCUCGUUCUUCUUGUAGUCAUUUUCGUUCUUAUUGCUGGGAUAUUGCUCUAUUUUAAUUAUAUGUCUUAUAAGCCACGUCAUCCAGUAAUUGAGGGUAAGGAUCAAAGUUUCAUCAGUAAUAACGCGGAACCAUGUGAAAAAACAUACUGUGCCUGGGGUGCAGUUUGCAUCGUAUCUGAUACGGGUCGCGCUAUCUGCCAGUGUCCUACCAACUGUCCGAAAACUCAUGAACCUGUAUGCGGUACUGAUGACAUCACGUAUGUAAAUCAAUGCCAGCUGCGUCAAACUAGCUGUCGUGAUCGAAGAAACACGCGGGUUAAACAUCAAGGAGUUUGUGAAAUCAAGGAUCCUUGCCGUAACCUCAAUUGUUCGCUUGGCUCUCAAUGUGUAAGAAGCAGAGAUGGUACUGAAGCGAAAUGUGAGUGCCUCAAGAGUUGUCCAAAUCUCGGCGAUCACGAGGGAUCUGGACCAGUUUGUGGCACUGAUGGAGUUGAUUACCCAAAUGUUUGUGAGCUCAACCGUUUAGCCUGUACCAACAAUGUUAAUGUCACCGUAGCUUUUCGUGGAAAAUGCGAUCCUUGUAGUGCUGUCGAGUGCUCGGAACCAGAGGUCUGUCAACUGGACGCUUCACGACAGCCGGCCUGUCACUGCGGCGAACAAUGUGGUCUUGAAUUCUCACCGGUCUGUGGUAGCAAUGGCAAGACUUACUCUAAUGAAUGCAGCCUAAGACAGGAAUCUUGCAGAUCUAGAUUACCCCUGAGAAAGAUCUACACUGGUGUAUGCAGUUCUGGUAUCAAUCCAUGCGAUGGUGCCAAAUGUAGUGAAGUCGAGCAAUGUGCAAUCGACCGUUAUGGCAUCACGAAAUGUGAAUGCGGGCCAGAAUGUGAGCCAGUAAUGAAGCCAGUCUGCGCCAGAGGCGGUAUUACAUACAAAUCUCUCUGUGAGCUCAAAAGGCAUGCUUGCCUAACUAAGAGUAACAUUGAGGUCGCAUAUACGGGUACCUGCGGAUCUCAAGGAGCAUGUUCUGAAAAGAUUUGUCAGUGGGGAGCAAUAUGUGCGGAAAAUGGGGAUACUGCUAUCUGUGAGUGUCCUACUUGUACAGUAGAAUUCAAUCCCGUGUGUGGCGACGAUGGAAUCAGCUAUGGGAACGAAUGUAAACUCAGAUUGGAGGCUUGUCAACAUCAUAGAGAGAUCAAAGUACUUUAUCAGGGUCUCUGCAAUGGCUGUGAGAAUAAGAAGUGUGAGCAUUAUGGAAAAUGCGAAAGCGACAGCUCCGGUGAAGCCAGAUGUGUCUGUCCGACCAACUGUGGGGAUUUGGAGAAAAACAGCAGUUCUGCUCGUAAAGUAUGUGGAAGUGAUGGAAUAACUUAUGCCAACGAAUGUACUUUGAAAAAAACUUCAUGCUUAACUCAAACUAACCUGAGUGUAGCAUUUGAGGGGGACUGCAAGUUAUGUACAAAUGUCGAGUGUGCAAAUGGAGCUCGUUGUUCAGCUGGCGAAUGUAUUUGCCCGGAAAGUUGUCCAGAACCAAAAGACGAGCCUGUAUGUGGUACAGACGCAAAGACUUAUCCCUCUGAGUGUGAACUACAACGUGCUGCAUGUGACCGAGAUAAAGCGAAACUUGCUGCUUUACACGUCGCUUUUCAUGGUGAAUGUGGCGAGAAGUUUGCUGUCGCUGCUCUAACAACAAUGUCUACACCUUCAGUAACUCGGCUGUCAACUGCAGUUACGGAAGUAACUAGCGCUCAAGAGAUGUGCAAAGAUAUACAUUGCGAUUUUGAAGCAACUUGUGAACUUGGACCUGACAGGUUUCCUCGGUGCAGUUGCAAGUUCGAUUGUGCCUCAAUACGACAAGAAAAUAUGAUACCCGUUUGUGGUAGUGAUCUUAAAAUUUAUUCCUCUAUUUGUGCGAUGAAGAUGGAAGCCUGUCAACGCCAACAAGAGUUACGAUUACGACCGCUAGACCUUUGUCAAGGCAUGGAAGUUAAGCCGUGCAAUGGUGACACACCCUUGACAGAUGACGAAGGUAAAGAAUACGACUGUGGAAGUGGCGUUAAUCGACGAGAUUGUCCAAGCAAUAGUUACUGUCAUCAAACCCCACGAUUUGCGCGCUGCUGUAAAAAAAAUGAAGGUAUUCAAGUUGUCGAAUGUAUGGAUUCAUGGCACGGAUGCUGUCCCGACGGUAAAACCGCCGCUCUUGGUCCUGACAAUGCUGGCUGCCCUAGUUUGUGUAAUUGCAACAAAUUGGGCAGUAGCUCGGACACUUGCAACCCUGAAACUGGUCAGUGUGAUUGCAAGCCCGGUGUAGGCGGUCUUAAGUGUGACCGUUGUAUGCCAGGAUAUUGGGGUUUACCGAAAAUUAGCGAAGGACAUCAAGGAUGUAUUCCUUGUGGCUGUUCACUUUUUGGCUCAGUCAGGGAAGAUUGCGAGCAAAUGACCGGACGUUGCGUUUGCAAGCCCGAAAUUCAGGGACAAAAAUGUACUAUUUGUACAGAUCAUAAUAAAAUACUCACACCUUCGGGCUGUUAUGCAGUGGACGCAAGCCCAAUAAUAGCAACAAAUUGUAACGAACUUGAAUGUUAUUCUGGCGGACAUUGUUCUGAAAUUGGUAGCCUUCAUUGCGAAUGUCCGUCAGUAUGCCCAGAAGAUUUACCAGCCGUACCAGUUUGCGGAAGUGAUGGACAAACAUAUGACAAUGAAUGUGAAUUGCGUCUAUAUGCCUGUCGUCAUCAAGCAGACGUUGUGACUCAAGCCUUCGGGCACUGCAGAGAUUAUCCGACGGUGAACACGGAUUUCCCAGUUAAAAGAUUUACAGCUGUCCAAUACACUCAACCAGCAGCAGCUAUUUCACCAUUGUCAAAGUCAACCAGGCAUCUUCUUGGUCCAGAGCCAGACCAACGUUAUUAUUACACUCAUCGUGCUCAACAAGAAACCAUUACCAUUGACCGUGAUAAUUUUAAACAUGGAGUAGCCGCUGCAUCAAGACCUACCCCAGCAACUAUUCGAGUUGUAACGACACUUCUGGGAGAUCUCUGUACAAAUGAUAGGGACUGUACAAUUCCGAAUAGUGAAUGUUAUAAUGGACGAUGUAUUUGCUCGAAUGGAUUUUCUGAGACAAGCGAUCGACAAGAAUGUUUUGCAAAUUACAUGUCGGUAACGCCUUCUGAAGAACUUGGCGCUUGUGUUUCCAAUCCAUGUCACUCAUCAGCAACUUGCAUUGAUUUGCCAAGUUCAACAUUUGUUUGCAUUUGUAAUUUAAAUUACACGGGUUUACUAUGUGAUGAAGAAAUAAAUAAACGAGAAUAUGAUAUACCUUCUUUCGAUGGUAAAAGUUAUGUGAGAAUGAAUAGACUAAAAGCAUAUCAUAAAUUUAGUAUUGAAGUUGAGUUUAAAACUUAUGCUGACAACGGAAUAAUUCUAUACAACCAACAGAAGAAUGAUGGUAGUGGAGAUUUUGUUUCACUUGCUAUUGUUGACGGAUACGUACAAUUUCGUUACAACCUUGGAAAUGGGCCAGUAAUACUAACAUCACCAGAGAGAGUUACUAUGAAAAACUUUCAUCGUAUAUCAGCUAAAAGAUAUCACAAAGACGGUGUUUUAAUUUAUAACGACGGUGAAGAUAUUGCCGGUCAAAGCCAAGGAAUGCUUAAAUCAUUAGAUCUCAAUCAAGAUACAUUUAUUGGCAACAUACCAACAAAUUACACUAGAGUAUACGACAACAUUGGGACCAGUCACGGGUUUUUGGGUUGCAUUCGUAAGCUGAAGAUCAAUAGAUUUACAGUUGAUCUUCAUAUCGGGAAAGACAAAGAUGUUUUAGAGACAUAUCGUGUUAAGCAGUGUCGUGAUAAUGCAUGCGCUAAUUUGCCUUGUAAAAAUGGUGCUACUUGUCAGCCAAUAUUCGAAGAAGAUCUUUGCAAUAAUAGAGAAUGCAAAUCAAAUACAAAACGAAGUAAUAAAACAAAGAAAAAGAGAAAUUAUAAUGAAGGAAUUAAAUUUGUUAAAUGCAAAGGCUCUCAUUGCAACGAUUUAAAAUCGAAACAAAAAUCGAAAAGAUCGAAAAAAUAUUCGAAAAAACGCUGCGCUUCUGUGGAUUGUAAUUAUGAUUACGAUUUAGAUUAUGACGCUUCUUAUGAACAUGAUAAUUAUGCAGUGACAACUUAUGAACCACCAACGUAUAAAUGUAUUUGCCCUCCACAAUUUACUGGGCCUAAUUGUGAAGAAUCAUUAGAUCCUUGUCUAGGCGAACCCUGUCAAAAUGGGGCUACUUGUGAUAUUCUUCCACAAGGCGGAUAUGUUUGUAAAUGUCCGCCAGGAAGAACGGGAGAUCAUUGUGAAAUAUUAGAUGCCGAAUUGACUGAAUUUUUAAUUCCUCAGUUUAAUGGUGAUGGGUUCCUUGAACUUUCAUGUCUUGAGGGAGUCUCAAAAGCAUUUUCAAUUGAACUAUGGUUUCUUACACGAGCUACAGAUGGUCUACUACUUUACAAUGGGCAACUUAACAAUGGCCGUGGAGAUUUUAUUAGUCUUAACUUAGCUAAUGGCAAAUUGGAGUUUAAAUUUAAUUUAGGCAGUGGUAUAGCUAAUAUUACAUCUCCUGAUUCCGUGAGUCUUAAUACUUGGCAUUGUGUUAGAAUCAGUAGACUUGGUAGAGAAGGACUUCUGCAGUUAGAUGAAGGCACUAUUGCACGAGGCUUUUCCGGUAGUCCUCUCACUGAAUUGAAUUUAGAGAUGCCUCUUUAUAUCGGUGGCGUUAAACAUUGGCGAGAAAUUCAUCGUCUUGAGAGUGCAUGGACUGGACUCACAGGCGCAAUACAAAGAUUAAUGGUCAAUGGUAAGACAUACCAGAAUCUAGCAGUUAAUUUCACUCAACACAAUACUGAAGUAUAUGAUGGGUUGCCGUGUCCCGCUGAUGGCAAUCCUUGUCACAAUGGUGGAGUCUGUUUGCCACUAUUAAAUAGUUACCUUUGUAAAUGUGCAAGCAGUUACAGUGGUCUCCAUUGUGAAUUUUUCAUGGGAUACGAUGUGUCUGGUGGAGAAAUAGCUGAACGACCAGUAAGAUUUGACGGUGACAAUUACCUGCAGUUUAAACAUCGUUAUGGCAGAAGCUCUAACAAUACUUUAACUACUAACACAUCUCUUCUGGAAUAUUAUGAUGAUUCUUAUUCCGACUAUGAGUUCGAAGAGGAUAAUGAUUUUGAAUAUGAAAAUUAUGACUACACUGAAUACAAAGGACAGCAAUCAAAUAAAUUUGAAUUGAGCCUACGAACCGUUAAUCCGGAUGGAAUGAUAGCAUGGAUUGGACGAGGAAAAAUAGAAAACCUUGUAUUAUCUCUGCAGGAUGGAUACGUUGUCUUCACGUACAAAGGAAAAAAAGAUGAAAUAUCUAUAAAAAGUCGAAAAAAAGUUAACGAUGGUAUUUUUCAUCACAUCAAAGCUGCUCGUCGAAGAAAGGCAACGGUAAUCCAGGUUGAUGACGAAAUUCCCAUAAAAGUUGCCACGGAAAUAUCUCUUCUAACAACCAAUGGGAAAUUAUUUGUUGGCGGGAAGCCUGGUCAUAAAGGAAUCAAGGGUUGCGUGACUGACUUUAUCGUCGAUAAAAGAAGACUGCCUUUGGCAAGACGGAAGAUUGAAUUUUGCCACGAUAAUGACGUAUGAUAGUGAAAUACCGAUUCUAUAGAUAUUUACAAUAUCACAAUACUGAUAUUAUAAAAUAACAUAUGGAUUAACAAUUCCUAUAUAGAGUAUGUUUCUAUGAGAAAUGUCAAUCUCUUAAAUUUAAAUUAAUAUUAUUAACCCUAAUUAUAAAAUAUCAAUAAUAAUAAUAAUAAUAAUAAUAAUAAUAAUAAUAACAUAUGAUUAAAAAAAUAAUAACAAUAAUAUUAAUAUUACUUAUAGCAGUGAUAAUAAUAACAAUAAUAAUAUCAAUAUUAAUAACAAUAAUAAUAGUAAGAGCAAUAAUGAUAAUAAUAAUAAUUAUAAUAUAAAAAUGGUGAACUUGUUCAGGUGAUUAAAAUUUUUUUGUCUAAAAAUUAAUCAGUCUGAUGUAUAAAAUUAAAGAAUUUACACAAAAAUCCCAAUAUUUCAGAUGUAAAAAAAAAAAAUUUAUAUAAUAAAAAUGCCAAAAGAUGUAAAACAUCUUUUAUAGGCUUAUUUGCGAUACGCAAAUACGGGAUAUGUAUGACGCAACAAUGCGGCUCUACUUUAAGAGUAGUACUAUAUUAUAUCAAUUUAUGAUAUAAUAUAUAAAUGAUAUUAAAAAAGUGCUGCCUUAUUUGCCAGUAGAUGAGUCCGUUAUUAAGAGUUGAUAUUGUGAGAUUUACUAGAAUUUAGAUUCUUUUAAAAUCGGGUCAAUAGUCGUUACAAAACCUGAUACUGACAGAAUAAUUUAUUGCCAUCAGAAUUCGGCAUCUGAAUAAAUUAUUUAAACAAUAAAUGAAGACAAGCGGACCAAGGAAUAAGAUCUGUAAGCUACGACAGCUACUACCAGACUACAUAUCUAUUGUUCAGUUAAAAUUAUCGUGUGCUAAUGUAAGACAUAAUCGAUAUACUGAGAAGAUGCGAUAGUUUUCUUAGUUGAUCAACAAGAAAUUGUUACUGAAAGUUUUAUUCAUUCAUUAAAAUAUCCAUUUACUAUCUGCAACAACCGCUAACUUUUUUGUUGGUGAGUAAAUGCAGAGAGAUAAUGAGACCUCAACGGUCCUAAAAUACGUCGAAACUUGAGGAUAAGCAGCUUGACAUUUCUUAUUAUUAAAUAUUAAUAAUAAUAAUGAAUACUCUAGCGAUGUUACUUAAUAAGUGUGUGGAGAAAGGAAUGAAAUAUAAGUGCUACAUUUUCAUUAAAGGACAAUAAUAUAUUUUUAAGCUAAAAUAAUAUAAAUAAUUAUUUAUGGAUAUGAACAAUAAAUUUUAGUCGUCUAAAAUUAUGUGCAUUGUGAAUUAUCUUCACAAUAUCAUCAGAGCAACGUAAAAAAAUCUAUAUUCCCUAAAAAAAAAGAAAAGAAAAGAAAAUAAAAAAAAAUUAUAUGUCGUCUUUUUUCAGCACAAAUUGUUAAACUCGCACAUUAAAACGUUAUUAAUUAUACCAAGACUGAUUAAUAAAAAAAAUAAAUAAAUAAAUAAAAAAUUGAUUGAAAAAUCGGUGUUAUGUUUGAAUGUUAUCGUAGAAUAUUGUGGAAUUUUAAAUAUACACAGUUCGAAAUUUUGUGUAUUUGUGUUACAAAAAUUAUUUGGUUUAAUUUUUUGUGUUGAUUUUCAACACAAAAAGUUGUAAAUUCAACAAACAGUUUGGGUUAUUUUACUUUAACUGAUUUUUUAUGUUGAAUGAUUAGAAAAUCUAGAAUGUAACACAUUUAUUGUUAUUCGAAAAUUAACACAAAAUUUGUGUUGUUUAGCUAAACACUCCCGCACGUAUUUUCAUUACUAUAUAACCCAGCAAGCCUGGCGGAUCCGAAUAUGGAAAAUUACCAUUAAUUACGAUAAUUGCCGCAAUUUACGGCAUUCGAGAUAAUGACGGUAAUUUACCGCGGACUGCGGCAUUUUACAGCAAAUUACGGUAUUCUAUGGUAAAAUACGGUAUUUUGAAGUAAAUUACGGUAUUUUGCGGUCAAGGAACGGUAAUUCACCGUAAAUUUGUGGCAAUCCCACGGUAUUUGAAGGUAUAAGUGAGGCCUUUAUCAGCAAAAGUGUGAUAUUUUACCGCGAAUUUGCGGUAACAUUGCGGUAUUUACUGUAAAAUUACGACAUUUUACCGUAAAGUGAAGUAUUUCACUGUUUUACGGUAAAGAUGCCUCACAUUUUGGUAAAUCAUCGCAAAUUGUCGUAAAACGUAGAAAAUUUACAGAAAAAUAUCGUAUUGUGCGGUGAAAUACGGUAAUUUACUAUAAUUUUGAUUCGCUAGGGAAAGCAUUGUAGCAGCAUUGUCUGCAACCCUAUCCGAAGUACCAUAGAAUCCACUCAAAAGCGACAAAAACUACAUAGAAUCCUAUAGACUGUUUUGUCGCAUUUGGGUGGAUUCUAUGGGAAUUUUUGGAUAGAGAUAAAAACUUGGAUUAUAAUUGAUUUAUAAUUAAAUAUAAUCAUAGAUAACUUUCAUAUUUUUAUGAUCAGGUUCAAUGCUUUUUUGAUUCUCUUUUUACGAGAUGAUAAUUCAUAGCUUCGUCUUUUAAAAAAAUCACAGAAAAUCAAACCAAUUGUGUGCUAAAUGGACAUAAGUUGUAUCCAGGUUAGAUUAGUAUACUUGAGUUGGUUAGGUUAUGUGCUUAUAUUUAUAAGUUAAUUUUAACACAAAAAGUCUGUUAAAUUUACGCAAAUUUUCUGACAAAACAACAGAUUUUGUGUUCAAUUAUUUAACAUAAAAUUUGUGUUAAACAUCAACACAAAUACAUUGUAUUGAAUUUAACCCAAAAUUUCUGACUGUGUAUAUGUAUUAAAAAAAAAAAAAAAACUGUUGAUUUAUGUUGAUAAAUCACAUAAAUUUGAGGUAGCAGAAGCUUUUUAUAUAAAUGCGCAAAGAAUAGAGAUAUAAAGACUAUAAUAAUAAUAAUAACAGUAAGCUAUAAAUAUAAUAACAACAAUAUUUCAUUCCAUUUAUUAGUUGUUAUUAUUAUUAUAAAAAAUAUACUGAUAUGCGAAUGGAUAUGUAAAUUACACAGGAUAGUAAUUAAAUUAAAAAAUUGUGACACAAAUAAUAAUUAUUACAUAUUUAUAAAACGAACGAAUGUGUGAUUCAUGUUAGUAUAAGAGUGUCACAGUUAAUAUAUGUCAUGGAGUAUGUAGAUAUAACUGCAAUAUUUUAAUUGUCACUAGCAAAAAGUAAAAAAAAAAAGAAAUAUUACUCAUUUAAAAAUAUUUGUUAACGACCUAA